AUGUUUCUCGUGGUCCUCUCGUCGACUCUUAUUCUCUUCAUCACGUAUCAUUUGUAUCAUUACACGCUUCAUCUCAAGGAAGUGAAUCGAGUAAAACACAUUCCAGGAUAUUCCUUUUAUUCCUAUUUCACGUUGAAGUUAUUUGCACCACAACAAGAUUUUCUCUUCUCUCCUCGAUCCCAAGAGUUGAAUGCUAAAAAGUUCGGAAAGCACAAUAUUUGGAGAAUUACAAUGGGAACAGAUACUAUUUGCUUUGUCGUUGAUCCCGAACAUUACAAAGAUAUUCUCGUUACAAAAGCCAAAUUAUUUAGAAAACAUCCAUUAUUCAAUAAUUUAAAUAUUGAUUAUAGAGUAAAGAAUGUAUUCACUGAUUAUGGAGAUUCAUGGAAAAGAGAAAGGCGAUUGACACAACCAAGUUUCUCAGAUGAGAAUCUUGCGAAAAUAUUGAAAGAACAUGUGCACCGUAUUUCGAAUCGUUUGGUGGAAAAGAUUUGGGAAAGAAGAAAUUUGGAAAAUAAUUGUGUAGUAAUCAAUGAUUGGAUGAGAAGAGUCACUUUAGAUGUAAUUUCUCAAGCUGGAUUUGGAGCUCAGUUUGAUUGCCUGGGAAAUGAAAAAGAUAUUCUCCCUCUCAUUGCUAAAACUAUUGUUCAAGUUUAUUCUGCAGGACUAUUAUUUAACAGAAGAUAUAUUGAGCCUCAUGCACAUGUUCAACAAAAACUAAGAGAAGAAGUUAUUCGAGAGGUGCCACUUGAAGGAAUUGACUUUGAUCUCUAUCAAAACAAGGAAAAGCUCAUUUAUGCGAGAAAUGUUCUUAAUGAGACUCUAAGGCUGAAAGGCCCUGUUCAUACAAACACCAGAUACACUUUAAAACCAGUAGAAAUUGCUGGAAAAACCGUACCAAAGGGUGUGACAGUAGAAAUGAAGUUUUGCGUAUCACAAAUGGACAAAGAAAUUUGGGGUGAAGAUACUCUGCAAUUCUGUCCAGAAAGAUUUGAACGACCAGAAAUCAAAGAUCUGCUGAAGCAGAAUAGAUAUGUUUUCAUUCCAUUCAGUAUAGGCUCAAGAACAUGUAUUGGAAUGAAGUUUGCAGAAAUGGAAAUUUUGGAUGUGAUUUGUAGAAUGGUUAGGAAUUUUCGUUUCCAAUGCCAAAAUCAAAGGGAUGUUAGAGAGGUUGCAGGAAUUACACUUAAACCAGCAGAUGACAUUGUGAUCAAAUUAGAGAGGAUCGAGUUAUAA